AUGACAAUUAUGCCGUUCUCGCUCCUCGUGGCUGUGUACUCCCUCACCCCACCUCAACCCAUCAGCAUCUCCCUCACCCCACCUCAACCCAUCAGCAUCUCCCUCACCCCACCUCAACCCAUCAGCAUCUCCCUCACCCCACCUCAACCCAUCAGCUUCUCCCUCACCCCACCUCAACCCAUCAGCAUCUCCCUCACCCCACCUCAACCCAUCAGCAUCUCCCUCACCCCACCUCAACCCAUCAGCAUCUCCCUCACCCCACCUCAACACAUCAGUGUCUCCCUCACCCCACCUCAACCCAUCAGUGUCUCCCUCACCCCACCUCAACCCAUCAGUGUCUCCCUCACCCCACCUCAACCCAUCAGUGUCUCCCUCACCCCACCUCAACCCAUCAGUGUCUCCCUCAUCCCACCUCAAUCCAUCAGCAUCUCCCUCACCCCACCUCAACCCAUCAGCAUCUGCCUUACCCCACCUCAACCCAUCAGUGUCUCCCUCACCCCACCUCAACCCAUCAGCAUCUCCCUCACCCCACUUCAACCCAUCAGUGUGUCCCUCACCCCACCUCAACCCAUAAGCAUCUGCCUUACCCCACCUCAACCCAUAAGCAUCUGCCAUUCCCCACCUCAACCCAUCAGCAUCUGCCUUACCCCACCUCAACCCAUCAGUGUCUCCCUCACCCAACCUCAACACAUCAGUGUCUCCCUCACCCCACCUCAACCCAUCAGCUUCUCCCUCACCCCACCUCAACCCAUCAGUGUCUCCCUCACCCCACCUCAACCCAUCAGUGUCUCCCCCACCCCACCUCAACCCAUCAGUGUCUCCCUCACCCCACCGCAACCCAUCAGUGUCUCCCCCACCCCACCUCAACCCAUCAGUGUCUCCCUCACCCCACCUCAACCCAUCAGUGUCUCCCUCACCCCACCCCAACCCAUCAGUGUCACCCUCACCCCACCUCAACCCAUCAGCUUCUCCCUCACCCCACCUCAACCCAUCAGCUUCUCCCUCACCCCACCUCAACCCAUCAGUGUCUCCCCCACCCCACCGCAACCCAUCAGUGUCUCCCCCACCCCACCUCAACCCAUCAGCUUCUCCCUCACCCCACCUCAACCCAUCAGUGUCUCCCCCACCCCACCUCAACCCAUCAGUGUCUCCCUCACCCCACCUCAACCCAUCAGUGUCUCCCUCAUCCCACCUCAACCAAUCAGCAUCUCCCUCACCCCACCUCAACCCAUCAGUGGCUCCCUCACCCCACCUCAACACAUCAGCAUCUCCCUCACCCCACCCCACCCCAACCCAUCAGCAUCUGCCUUACCCCACCUCAACCCAUCAGCAUCUCCCUCACCCCACCUCAACCCAUCAUGUCUCCCUCACCCCACCCCACCUCAACCCAUCAGUGUCUCCCUCACCCCACCUCAACACAUCAGUGUCUCCCUCACCCCACCUCAACCCAUCAGCAUCUCCCUCACCCCACCUCAACCCAUCAAUGUCUCCCUCACCCCACCUCAACCCAUCAGUGUCUCCCCCACCCCACCUCAACCCAUCAGUGUCUGCCUCACCCCACCUCAACCCAUCAGCAUCUCCCUCACCCCACCUCAACCCAUCAGCAUCCCCCUCACCCCACCUCAACCCAUCAGCAUCUCCCUCACCCCACCUCAACCCAUCAAUGUCUCCCUCACCCCACCUCAACCCAUCAGUGUCUCCCUCACCCCACCUCAACCCAUCAGUGUCUCCCUCACCCCACCUCAACCCAUCAGCAUCUCCCUCACCCCACCUCAACCCAUCAGUGUCUCCCUCACCCCACCUCAACCCAUCAGUGUCUCCCUCACCCCACCUCAACCCAUCAGCAUCCCCCUCACCCCACCCAACCCAUCAGCAUCUCCCUCACCCCACCUCAAUCCAUCAACAUUUCAUUGUCCACCCCAACCCAUCAGUGUCGUCCUCGUCCCAUCAAUUAUUCCCACGAACUCUGUUGCUUACAUUCCCAAGUACUGUGCUGCCAGUAUUCCCAAGUACUGUGUUGCUAGUAUUCCCAAGAACUGUAUUGCCUACAUUCCCAAGUACUGUGCUGCUAGUAUUCCCAAGUACUGUGCUGCUAGUAUUCUCAAGUACUGUGUUGCUAGUAUUCCCAAGAACUGUAUUGCUUACAUCCCGAAGGACUGUGUUGCUAGUAUUCCCAAGAACUCUGUUGCUUACAUUCCAAAGUACUGUGCUGCUAGUAUUCCCAAGAACUCUGUUGCUUACAUUCCCAAGUACUGUGCUGCUAGUAUUCCCAAGUACUGUGUUGCUAGUAUUCCCAAGUACUGUGUUGCUUACAUUCCCAAGUACUGUGCUGCUAGUAUUCCCAAGUACUGUGCUGCUAGUAUUCUCAAGUACUGUGCUGCUAGUAUUCCCAAGUACUGUGUUGCUAGUAUUCCCAAGAACUGUAUUGCUUACAUCCCCAAGUACUGUGUUGCUAGUAUUCCCAAGAACUCUGUUGCUUACAUUCCAAAGUACUGUGCUGCUAGUAUUCCCAAGAACUCUGUUGCUUACAUUCCCAAGUACUGUGCUGCUAGUAUUCCCAAUAUUCCCAAGACCUGUAUUGCUUGCAUUCCCAAGUACUGUGCUGCUUGUAUUCCCAAGAACUCUGUUGCUUACAUUCCUAAGUACUGUGCUGCCAGUAUUCCCAAGUACUGUGUUGCUAGUAUUCCCAAGAACUGUAUUGUUUGCAUUCCCAAGUACUGUGCUGCUAGUAUUCUCAAGAACUGUAUUGCUUGCAUUCCCAAGUACUGUGCUGCUAGUAUUCCCAAGAACGCUGUUGCUUACAUUCCCAAGUACUGUGCUGCUAGUAUUCCCAAGAACUCUGUUGCUUACUUCCCAAGUACUGUGUUGCUAGUAUUCCCCAAAAACUGUUUUGCUUGA